CAGACGGCCACUUUCUUUACAUUGAAUCGAAUCGGGUCUAAUGUUGAAGUUGCGUGUAGAAGGCUGAGCCUUUAUCAUUCUUCCAGCCAUUUUCCAAAGAGUGUGGCUUAGUAAAAAUCGGCCGCCCUUGUGUCCCCUCUGUGUUCUCGAGAUGGGCCCACUGAAGCGUCCAGCAACAAACGGCGAGAGUGGGAACAAAGCUAUGAAGGUUGGGCAAGCAGCAGAUGCUGCAGCCGCGCAAGAGGUUGAAGUUGAACGUUCAUUGGCUACGUCAGGUCUAGGAGCUGCGCAUGCGGUGCACGGCAAGGUGCCUGUGAUCGACCUCUCUAGCAGUGAGGCUGCUGAGGCCAUUUGGGAGGCCGCCAAAGAGCCGGGCUUUUUCGUUGUGACCAACCAUGGCAUCCCGGAAGGUGCGAUUGAUGAGGCCUUUGGCUUGUCUGCUGGUUUCUUUGGGCAGAGCAGGGAAUUGAAAGAGACACAGAGCCCGUUUGCAGCCAACCUGAACGCAGGCUAUGAAUUUUUCUCCCAGGUUCGACCCUCUACAGGUGCGCCUGACCAGAAAGAGAGCCUUCAAAUCACUGCCCGAGAAGGUUGUAUGGAUGGGCGCUGGCCUUCGACCAGCUUUGAAGCCAGCAUGCGGGAGUUUAUGCAGAAGUCCCAUGCACUGGGUUGCCGGAUCCUCUCCAUUCUGGAGCCUCAAGCGUGCCCCAAGCUGACUCCUGGCACGCUAGCCUCUGCGCACAAUCUUUGGGCGGACGAUGGGCAAUGCACCUUACGGCUUUUACACUAUCCACCUGUUCACGAGCCCGGACAGCUUCCUGCAAACUAUUGGAGGGCUGGUCCACACACGGACUGGUGCUGCAUCACCCUGUUGUUUCAACGUCCUGGAAAUGAAGGGCUAGAAUGCGCUCCGAACCCGAAAGCAAUGAAAGAGGGUGCUCCUUGGUUAAAAGUGGAUCCAGUGCCUGGGGGAAUUGCUGUGAACAUCGGAGAUAUGUUGGGCAGAUGGUCAGAUAGUCGCUUGCUCUCCAACCUGCACAGAGUUCGGAUGCCCACAGUGGGUGAGUGCGCCAUUCCAAAGUCGCGCUAUUCGAUGGCUUUCUUCAUGCAGGCUGACAAGCAUGUCCGCAUCGAAUGCGAUACCUGCGACACCAUUACGGCAGGUGAUUACAUUCUGGGCCGGAUUCGGAGCAAUUUUGCAAAAUAAAGCCAGAGAGAAAGGAAC